GCGGUAAUCCGUUUUUGUUUUUCAUGCACAGCUACAGACGGCAAGGUGAGUUUAACUAUACAAUGUAGUUGAGUGUUGUCUUGUGUAUAAAAGGAAUCAUUCUCUUUUACUUGUUUACCUUUUUCAGUAUCAUGAUACAAAUACAUCAAGGAAUCACACACCAUCCAAUUGGCAAUGAAUCUCUUUGGUCUCGAUUUUAAAGCUGUCAAUAAAGAAACAAACCGGUGUCGAAAUAAACUGGAUUUUUUUUGUAGAAAAUUACUCGAAAGUACAGAGCAGAAUAAAAAUGCUCUUUAUUAUUACAAACAAGGAACACUUCAGGACAUCUUUUUAUCUCAUCAUAUGUUCAAAUGAUUUAAAUCAACUUUGCCUUAAUUCACUCUUCAAGAACGUUCAAUUCAACCUUACUAAAACAGCACUUUAAAAGAAAUGAAUAUUGCUUGGUUCGAAAAUGCGCACUUACUGUAUAAAGUUACGGCCAUGAACAAAUUAAUUAUUAAUCCGUAGCGUUACAGUCUUAUGAUAAAUGUUAUCAAUUUUCCUUCCUAAACGAAUCAACAUUAUUCUGUGAAAUGAAAUUUAAGGCGAUUGAUUAUUUUGGCAAUGAAACUUUCCUAAACGUAAAUCGAAGGGCAGGAUAGCUGCCAAAAAAGAUGAUCAUACAUGCGCAUUCUGUGGCAACAUGAUUUUUUGAAUUUAAAAAUUAGUGACAGAAAUAUUAGAACAAUAUUAUAAUUGUGCGCCGGUAAAAACAACGUAAAUCUGACCUACGGCCCUUUGCGUGUUACAGGGAGAAAAAACAUUCUGCACUUUGUUCUACAAACUGAAUUAAAAGAAUCUAAUGGCUUUUUCGUGCUACCUCAGUUCAAUCCCGAUACAAUGCAAAUGGCAAUUGUGGUAAAAUGUUCUCAAAUAAGACGAAAACUAUAUUUUUUUUUCCGGUUCAUGAUUUGUCAAAACUGAACCUUGAGCAGUAAGAAAAAAUAAAACUGACGCAAAAACAUGUCAGUGGAUUUGAGUAAUCAUCCUAUAUUUGUCGUCGCUUUUAAUAACGUGUCAUCUUGGAGGCUUUACCAUCUUUGGUGCUAAAUCGCUUACAAGUUCACCUCGUUCUGUAAUAAUUAAGAAUCAGUAUUCGUAUGGAUAAAUAUUAAAAUUUGACUGAACACAACAUUAACACGGCUUCAAGGCUGUUUGACAAGAGCUUCGAGAUCAUUGCAUCAUUACACUGACAAAAACUGAGGUCAACAGUGCGCUCAUUUCACAAAAUUUGGGCAGUAUACUUAGAAAAUACUGGAUUGAAUAUGAGUGACUGAUUUUAGUAAUUGGCCUUCUAUGGCCGCUAUAAUUUUCCCUUCAGUAAAAGUUUAUCACACUUGGAAAUGUCUGUUUUAAUUGAAUCAUAAGCCGUAAACAUCAAGACGUCGGCUUUACAACCACUUUCUCGUUUCAUUUGAACGGACGCAGCCUUCGUCGAACGAUUAAGAAGUUAGAAGUACAUUGCGUGUCGCUGUAACUGAAUCUGAAAGCACAUGAGUUAAUUGGGAAAAAAAUGUAUCCUAGCAAGUCGUCAUGUUAUUACCUCUGUUAAAUCUAGGAAAGCUGGUUUGUGUUUCUUACGGAUUUUGUUAAGGGGGCUGUGUCACGAAAUUUAUUAAAUUCAUACGGUGGGAACUCCCGCCAAAUCGAGUGAAAUAUAAAAAUAACAGCUUAAAACGUCAAUAGAAGGUAUAAAUAACACAGCAUAUACAAAAGAAAGCACGAAUGGAUAACUUGAGUUCAAGGAAGAUUAAACCAGAUUACAACUAGGGUUUUUGAAAACUUGUUAGCCUAACAGUUUUCAAAGUUCAUUUUUGGUGUUUGUAACGUCUCAUAUUAUGCUUGGGAGACAUAUUUGCUUGACAAGUAGUUUUCAAUUUAUCAUUUGCCACGAAUAUCUUCGCUUGUGUUAAGUUCCAUUACAAAUAAGGACGAGAAUUGGGCAAAAUGUACAAAAUGAAUUACACAGCCGUGACACAGGCCCUUCAACGUAAAGGGUUGAAAGGGACUCAAGCUUAUAUUUUGAAAAAAUGAAAAGAGGCGAUAACUGUGCUUUUUAGGAUGGGUUUCUUUGGGAGAAAGCAAUCCGUUUUAACCCUGUUCAGUUUUGGGCAUCUGUGUCACACUGUUCGACUCAACUACUGGUAAGUGAUCUUUUUAUAAGAGUACGAGAAUUGUGACCUAAGAAGCUUUAAACAUUUCUGGCAUAUAUUCAUUCAGUUGAAGAUAUCUGCCUUUCAUUUCAGAGCAACGAUGGCCAUAUUUGUUGGCUGUUCAUACUUCUGCAUUGUUGUGCUCCUACUUUUCAACACAGUGUCUGGACAAUGGUAAGCACAAAUGGACUAUUUUAAAUACUCAAUACAUAAAAGAUGAUACUUCUUCUUUGCCUAGAAAUUAAAAGCUUCUCAGAACGUUUUUAAUCUAGAGACUGUGUAUGCCAUGUUAAACAUUCUGAGAAAGGGUGUAGUUUAAGAAGGACGAUUCAGUAAAACUGACGCGGAUUUUUGCCCUGAGUAUCCUGAAAAGUCUCACAUCCUCAUUUUCUACAGGUUCAUCACGAAUUCACAACAACAUUACCAACCUCAGUUAGCUUAAUAUAGCUCAGAUAGCAAGCACCGGUAUGGCACAUCUAAUGGGUUCGAACCUGUUCAAGGCCGAGUUACUUUCAGGCUUUUUUUUGCACGGGCUUAAGUUCCUUACAUAAAUGGGAUGAUAUUUCACGUGUUAAACAAGAUACACUUGCGCAUAGCUGGUGAAGAAAAUUUCAUUCUACAAAGCACGACCUAACCAUAACGGUUUUCAAAGUAGUAUCUUUUAGGAAGGUACAGACAGCACAGUAUUUUGGAAGUACAAUGACAAAGUCUUGGUCGCAUUAAAAACUCAUUACUUGGCUCACUAAUUUACAAUGAAUUUGUCUCACCUUUCUUUACCUGCUGAUAUGUCGAUCUCGUAAUAAAAUAAUAAUCUUCAAUUUCCAUUAUAAACAGCUCACGCAAGCAAAACAGCAGCUCUACAUCUGUAUUAGCGAAGUUAUUUUCUGAUUAUGAUGAAGUCGUUCGUCCUGGAUUUGGGGGUAAGUGUCUCAAUCUGCACAUAUCCUGUGGCUCAAAAGUCCGGUGACUUUUCGGGCCUGAAAGCAUUUAUUCAAAUCAAAAUCGAAAGAAUAUGAGUGCGGAUACUAGCUUACAAGCCAGUCCAUUAUGUUUCGUUAACUGAUACAUGUAGUUUUUUUAUCAUAUUUUCUGCAAAACUAUUGAAAUCUCGAUCUUCAAUGUAAACAAGAACAGCUUUCCGUGCCCGUUAAUUAUCGGGGUUUUGGAUAAAGGAGGCCUACAGAAAGAAAGGUUACGCCAUACAAAAAUCGUCUUUGGUUUUUUCCGCCAUCACGCGCAGUUUUGAAAUAUUUGGAAGAAUAUUCCACGUCAAACGAAAGAGAAUCUUCAAAUAUGUUUAGCAGGAGUUUCUUACCAGCGAGAACAACAAUAUAUCCAAACAAGAAGUGUUCUUCAAACAGAAAAUUACAUAAACUAGAAAAACUGUCAAGGCAAACAAGCACCAACACUACGGGGAACGAUUGUCGCUUUUCUUCCCUAUUUAUCCUCAAAUACAAAUUAAUUCACUUUUACCUUGUGUCUGUAUGCUAUAUGCACGAGAAUUCGCCAUUUUCACAUAGACCAUAACGCAUCUUGUUAACCCCCCAAAUUUUGCAUAACAUUUGUUUCCAAUUUCUCCUGGGUAUUACAGUCGUCCCAAGAGAAACCGAAGACAAUGGUUAUGCAACAUUUUGGGGGGUGAACAAGGUGCAUUAUGGUCUAUGUGAAAAUGGUGAAUUAUGGAUUGAAUAAUUAGUAUCUAUGGAAAUUUUUGUUUCCUAUUUUGACGUCACUUGGAAAUUCAGUUGUUGAAGUGUAGUGGCCUAGCGGUUAACAUUUCGAAUUUCGACUCAUUUAGGUUCGAUUUGAAGCCUUGCCGUCGCAUUGCUUCCUUCGACAAUGCAAGAUACUUUAUUCAAUUUCUCUUUACUAAAGUGUAUAAAUGGAAUAAAGUAUGAACAUUAACCACAAAGGACUUCAAACGAAUAUGCCGCAGAAUGUAGGAUCUAUUAAGACUUGAUCAGCAAAAAUAACAACCGCAGUCUAUGGCUACAAUCCCGCUCUGUUUUGGGUUCUUUCGAUGUCGUGUUGCAAAGUUAAUUUUCACGUAGUACGAUCAGCAUUGCAGUGUUCUGCUUGCAGAAGUUAAUAUGUCUACUUGUAUAAAUGCAAACUGGCACUGGUGACAUACUGCUGGGGGGAGAAUCCGUGAUAGACUCGCGUGUCAUCUGAGAGAUGCUUCACGAUACAGAAUGAACCGGAUUAAGCCCCUGCUAUAUGAACGCUAUUAGCUCGUCUUGCCUUUUACUUUAACAGGUGAUUGAUAACUGAACAGACACACGAUAAGGUGGAAUUUAUCCGAUUAAUACUGUACAUGUUCAAUGAACCUUGUAUUGUCUACUCUACUGCCGUUUUCAGCUAUUCUGAGCGAUGCAGGUUCAUAAAUCAAAGAAUCACUUUCACGAUUUUACUUUAAAUCUGUAGGUCAGGCAGUGGAGAUUGUGACAGAUCUUUACGUCGAAUCCUUUGGAAAUAUACAUGAAGCAAACAUGGUAACUCCGAAAGGAUCUUUUCAUCAUCAUCAUCAUUAUCAUCAUCACCACUAUUAAUUAAUUAGUUUAUUUAUUUUUAACUGUCACCUUUAAUAAAUGGUAACGAUUUCUUGAUUGUGAAGCGAAAAAACAGCAGCAUAAAGCAUUGAAGAUAUACUCCUAAAGACUAAAUAAAUAAAUGUAGCGUGCGUCUGAGCAAAAACUGCGGCACGAUAUUCCAGAAAUGUAGAAAUGUAAAAAUGUAUUUACGGUAGAACUAGUAGGACGAACGAACAAGCAAUUACUAACGGGCGGUCAAGGGCCCAACUUGACUACCAGUUCACCUCUACUAAAUGUUUCUCUUUGUUUAUUGGUACCAUUUCAAAACACUUACUACAUCACUCUGGGUAUUUUUUUUAUUGUCGCCAAUUUCUCUUCUUUAUUUAACUUUUAGGUUUGUCAAACCAUUAUUAACUGCCAGUUGUCCAUAAAGAACGACCGGUUUAUAUACGUUUGAAUGUAAUCUAUCUUUCUCCGUUACUUUAAUAGGAGUUUAAGGUUUACGGAUAUUUGCGACAGCGAUGGAAAGACGAAAGGCUUGCCGGGAAGCUUGAAAAAACAUUGACCAUCAAAGGAGAGAAUAUAAACCGAGUCUGGUUACCAGAUCCUUUCUGCUACAACGCAAGAGACUCCAACUUAAUGCUCCCAGAUUCUGCAGUACACAGCAAAGUUUCAAUUGGCCUGGAUGGCAAUAUUUUAUACACAAGAGGGUUGGAUAAAAGUUCAUUACUAUUUGAAACUUUUUGUACAGACUUCUUCAGUCACAAAUCAAAAUUCCAGUAAACUUAUAUUAAAGAAGCAUCUUCGUAAAAUGCUUGAAAGCUAUCAUUUCAUUGAAAACAAUUACAAUAAGCAGACUCUAAAGCUUUUUUGGUAAAAAAACGACUUUGGUAUUUAGAAGGGUCAAGCAAAUAUAACAGGAUAUUCCAUUUUUUAUAGCGAUCUAUUUUAACCUAUCUAUUUCGACAUUGCAUAUCUCCAACACGCUAUUUUACACUGUACGUGCAUAGAAAGCUUUAAGGUCUUGUAACUCACAAACGUUAUGCACUCAUGUAUACCAGAGAAAUUUGACACCAAUUCUUACAAUGUCUAUUGAUUGAUUUUUUUCAGGGUGACCUUUCUGGCAUCGUGUGGAAUGGAACUUCAUCAUUUCCCGUUUGACUCCCAGGAAUGUUUUCUUAAAAUUGGAAGCUGUAAGCAACUUGUUUGAGUGGGAUGUAGACUAACAUAAGCACAGUUGUUCAUUAAAUAUCGUGAAUUGUCGGCUAUACGCCCCGCCCCAACCACCUACUUUUAGGCCCCCAUCUGGCUUGUAUUGAAAUGAAUUCAGUUUAUUAUUAGCACUGCAGUGUUAUGGCUUGUGUCUAAGCGCUUAUUCUAUUCCCGGUAAAUGCCUGCUCGGAUAUAGGCCCUUCUAAAUUUCCUUCUGAAGAUGUAUAAGCCCAGGCUUAUAAGCUCCGGUCUACGGUAUUCCAACAUGAGCAAUGAACAAACCAUCGCGGUUUCUUUCUCAACAAAAAACCUACAAUUAAGUUGUAUGGCAAUGUCUCUAUUGAUUUAAACCGGGGGGGGGGGGUAAAAUGAUGUAACUUCAGAGAAGUCAUUGACGCACAAUUUAAGGAUUAAAAAACGCAACAAAGUUGUCGCUCAAUUGUCCGUGAAACACAUUCUACCUAUUACGUAAUCUUCCAAUUGGGUUGGAUUAAUAGGCCUUUCCAUGGGCCAUUUUCGAAUAAUUAAAACUUAUACUUGGCUUCGAGGCUGGGGAGAAUCAAUUAAACGAAUUGAAUUAUUCAUUUCAUUUUUAUUCAUUUCUUUUGUUAGAAAUCCCUCAGCCUCGAAGCAAAGUUAGCCUGUUUCUGUACCAGAGAUAGUAGGGUCCUCGAAAUUGAGAAAAUGCGAUCACGAAAAUAAAACGAGAGGAAACUGGGAAGAGGAAGGGCGGCGGAGCCUGUAAUUAUUUCUUUAAAAGGCUAGUUCGGGUAUACUAGCUCCUGGUAUAGCCUUUGAUUGGUCAGUUUUGACAGUUAGCGUUGCAUGAGUCAUUAUCUACCUUCCGUAAGACAACAAACGCGGAUCACGUGUGUUAUUUUGAUGAAUACAGGCUACAGCGUCUCCUAGUGACCUGCGAGAUUUUCGGGACUUAAAGGAUGUUAAAAAGAGCAGAAAACUUGACUGUCUUCCGAGCUUGGCUCACGGACCUACAUUAUUUUAGUAGUACUUUAGAGCUCUUCCAACGCCUGGAAAAAGCCGUCGACAUUUCAUAGAAAUCUACAAUAUUAGUAAAAUCCAACUAGUGGUCUAUUAUCAAUGCUGCGUUCUGAUUGGUUGAGCUACCACUAGGCUAUAUGUUAUAGCCCACCAGUAGCGAAAAGCGCGGGCUUUUUGGCGGCAAAAAAGGAGUUAAGUCUAGCUUCAACUAGCUAAAUUUUUUUUAUUCUCGAUAUUUUUGACCAACCAGUUGGAUUUUACUCUCAAUAGCUAUUGACUCAGAGCCCAUUCGGGCUCGAGGAAUAAUUGUUAAAUAGUCCUUUCGCCGCUCAUCUAUGGAUAAUAUGAGACCAAGCAGGCCAAGCAGAGCGUGGAUUUUAAGUUUCAGUCAUUUGAAUCGGUGAAGAAGUAGAGGAGGAUACGAAGAAAGCGAGAGAUGGCAAAUGCUAGUUCAAAAGUAAUUCAUGCCAAAUCCAAACCUUAUUGAAUGAAAACAUACUCGUCCCACCACAAGCUAAAUGGCAUGGAGGCCUGAAAAUAUCAACAUAGGCUUUGUCGGAUAUUAUCAAUUAUCAGAAAAAAAAUCUCACUGAACAGUUCGUAAAACGCGGUAGCGCACAAGUUUUAAUUGAGUUUACUUGGAACGAUGGAUUGGGAGAUUUGCAGAGGCUAUUUUAAAACUGGAAUUAGAACACAUUUAAAAUUUCGCACAUUAACGGAGUUCGAGUAGCGCGAAGAACUCGCAUAAUUCUAGAAAAUUAAAGUUUUAACAGUUUGACAGCCGAAUCCAGACGUGAGAAAAAUGGGCGGAAGAGGAUUGUGGAAGAAGUGAUCACAAACUCUCUGUCCCUUCCUUUUUCCCGUCACCGCCUCCCUUUGUCCAGAUGACACGCUCAUAUUUUAACGUGGGUUUCAUUUACGUGUCAUCCCUGCUAUCUGCUAUCUGAGUGCCAGUAACAGGCUAAAGCCAAGUAUUAAAUUGAAUAAUUCCAAGCUGAACUAUUUGACACGGAUUGAAAAUUCAAGACCUGAGAAACAUUUGCGUUUUUGGCUUUCGUCAACCAUAAUCACGAACACCAACAACGAACCUUUAAAUAAAAGGAACAAAGAGAAUGAAUAAGAAUCUACCAAUCACAACUUAUGGGCAACUAGCGACUGGAGAGAAACACGACACCUUUGAUUGCACAGAGUUUGGGUGUUUGUACUGAAAACUGCGGUGGUAUAUCAGUUAAGAGUUUAGAACACCAACUAAAUAAUAAAACGUUCCCCUAUUUCCUUAGACGCCUAUACAAUUGAAGAUAUAACAUACAAGUGGAAAUACAAUAACAUAGAAGUGGGGGCAACUCGAACAGCGCAGUUUGACGUCUAUAAAGGAUCACUCUCGUCAUCAGUGGACAGCUAUAAAACAGGUAGGGUUUUUCUAAAAGUUGGUGGAGGAAAAGGACUUUUAUAAAGGGGUCAAGAGUACACCGGAAUCAAACGUUUUUCGAUAUGAAACGUGGAGAAGGAUGUAUACGAUUAGUAAUUCAUACAAAAAGAAUUCAUUUUUCUCUUUUUAAUUUUUUCUCCUUGACGGAACCGCCAAAGAUGAAAGACGACUAUCGAUUUGUAAAUUCGGACGGCCUACUAGCCCGAUUGCCGAUGAUUACACUAAAAAAAAAUAAAAUCUUAUCUAUUUAAAAACCGGUAUUGGGACUAAACGGUAAUCAAGAGUCAUUCGGUUUUCUAAACCGCGCUGACAACAGAAAAUCGAUCAAUUCAGGUUUCUGGAAAACUGUCCACCCACCCCUCCCCACCCUAAAGCCAAAAUUUUGCCUGAGUGAGGAGUACGUGUUAAUGCCGACUUUGGGGAGGGGUAAGUGGGCAGUUUUCCGGAAACCAAAAUUGAUCCGGAAAAACUGUAAAUUCCAGGUGACUUUUCAACAAUAACAGUGACAUAUUUCCUCAAGCGACAUAUUGGCUACUACCUCAUCCAAGUCUAUUUCCCUGACAUUUUUGUUGUGGCGCUAAGCUGGAUUGUUUUCUGGAUGGACAAAAAUGACAUGGGCAACAGAAUGGCUAUUGGCAUCACCACUAUCUUGACUAUAACGUUCCUACUUGGAUCUCUCAAUGGUUUCAUGCCCCGAGUAAGCUACCCAAAGGCUUUAGACUGGUAUUUACUGGUGUCGUUUACACUGACGUUCUUAUCACUAGUGGAAUGCAUGAUCGUGUUUGUUGUCUCCAUGAGUGAAAACAAAGAACACGAUGACCAGGUUUGCUUAAUUGUUUUUGUGUCUUUGUAUUUCUUAGGCCCCGUCUAUAUGUAUCUGUUCUUGUCAGAAAAUAGAGAUUUUUUAUCCCUUUCCAAAAAAAAAACCGUUCACACCUUGUGCUUUAUAAUCCUUUUUGCCCGUCCACACGAAAACCCAAUAGCGACCGAAAAUGGUACCCACCUUGAUGGGAACAUGCGCAUUCACUGGCAACUGAGCCUGUGACGAAAUAUUUUUCAAAAACCUCUGUUUUCAUUCACCCACACAAGCACAGGAAAACAUCGUUUCCAAAAUCUCCACACUAGAGGGCGUUUUUUUAAAAGAUGCGUUUUUGGAGACUGUUUACACUGGAAACGUGCGGAUGGUGGGCCAAACCGGAGAAAAAAAUUUCCAUUUUCAAACAGAAACUGAUACGUGUAGACGGUGGGAUGUAAAGAAGAGGCAGUUAAACGGCCACAAAACGAACUUACACUGUGGCUACAAAAGUUGAAAAAAAAAAGACUGCUGAAGUGUGAAAACUGCUCGUUUACAAGACUGUGUAAUCGUUAUUUUCUUGACAUGUGGCUGAAAAAAAUUAUAAACUUCAUGACAUUUUUCACCUUUUGCGUUUUCUAAACAAUUAUCCAGCUUUUUCACCAUAUGUACAGAAAUUAUACUGAGUCUAUCCCACAAAGCAAUAAUAACAUUUUUCGUGUGCAGACUUCUUCUAUUUCCUUUGAUAGAAAAGAAGGAAAGUCAUUAUGACUGCUUUGAAAAAUGUAAUUGACCACGUCAUCACAUAAUUAGUAACACUACUUUAACAAUCUGGUUCUGCUUUUAAUAUUAUUAGAUCUACUACACUGCAAGUGUUCACGAUAUUGAAAUGUUUCACUGAUCCAUGAAAAUAAAAUAAUAUCAUUUUAUUAUUUUGUGAAACAAUUUGUUUCAGGUCAGUUUGCCCAGUAUAGACCAGUAUAAUGACCCUAAUGGAACCUAAUUCACUCAUUUUCCUCACCCUAAUCAGCAACUACUUCAAAGUCGUACAGUGGCCAUUUGUCUUUCUGCGAAAUACCCCUGAUGACCCUUUCCUGAAUCAAAACCAUUGGACUGCAUUGAAUGCAACAUUCUCACUCACUACAGAUCCUCAAUUAACCCCCCACCCCCCUAACAAUGAGAUCCCAAACCCCUUCCUUUUGAAGGAAAAUGUCGUACAAUAAUCAAAGUACCUCUUCAUGGGCACGAAACGUUUGGUGCAAUUCAUACCAUACAAUAUCGCUGUAUCAAGUACUGUUCUCGGUGCAGGAGGAGGGGGUACUAUAAUGGCCUAAACAGAGCCUGAAGCCUUUUUCAGGCUUCAGGUACAUGAAAGGGAAGGGGUUUUUAUAGUUGAAGUAUAUGAAAGGGACCAAAACGAGAUCAGUCACAGAUGCAUUUUAUGGAUGUGAGAGACAAGAAAACCUGUUUUAGCUGUUUAUUCAUAUUGUAAAGAUGGUGUAUUUACAGCAGUUAAAAAGGGAAGCAGCGUUCAAAAUUAGGUAUGUGAAAGGGGUACCAUUUGUCACUAGAGGGUAUACAAAAGGGGUACCUUUUCUGUCUAAACAAAGGGUAAAGGGUUGGUCCCUGGGGCAGAGCCUCUUUGGUGAGUACCCCCCCCCCCCUCUGGGUUACUGUUACUCUGGUCUGAUUCUUCUCUUUAAUUUCUUGGAUACUGUGCUUCAUUAAAUGAAUUAAAAUUCAUUUAAAAGCGUCUUGCCCCUUUUUUGAAAACCCCACUAUGUUAAAAGAAAUUAUGUCCCCUGGAGGGGAAAUAAAAUCAGAGAAAAUGGGUAGCAAGAUCUAUUGUGUUAUUUUACAUGCAUUGAGUAAGCGUAAUGUGGCCACUAAACACAUACAGUUGCGCUCCCCGUUCCCCGUUUUAGUAACAUCCGUUUACAAGACUGUGUAUCUCGACAUGUGGCUAAAAAAUUCUAAAGGGUCUUAUUACAGCUUUUUCCCGAAAUUAUUCUUAAGCAUUUUUUCGUUUCUGUUCACUACAACGGAAAAAAAAAACAUUUAAAGCAAAUAAGUCGAUUUCGAAUUAUUAAAAUUUAUACUUGGCUCCGAGGAGGCAGAAGGGCCAUAAACAAAGGUGAAAAAUCUCAUUGAGAUUCAGAAAAGAAUAAUCCAUUCCUUUUGUUUUCUUUUAAUUCGAAACUGGCCUAGUCAAAACACUCUUACGCAGAAGACAUUAAAUACUUUUAAAAAAGUAUGCAAUUAUAAAGAAGACAAGAACUACAGUGUAUGGGAAAAAAUGUUGCUCAUGAUUGGAUGGUCUGAUGCUUGUAAAAGCAAUUUAAGAGACAAAUCUAAACUCUUUUCACAACUUUUAACGUUUUUCAAUCUUUGAAAAUGCCUUUGGAUACAGUCGAAACGUCGAAGAAUAACGUCACUUGCGAUUAGCACCGAUAAAAGCCUAUGAUUACCGUUCAAGAACGUGGAGAUUGGUUUAAAUCAUUUCCAUAUGUUUCUCUUAUCACAGAAAGGACAAGACCGUGCUGAUAGUUCAUCAGCAACAGUUAAGGCGAUGUUUCAUGAUGACCAGGCUGAAGUCCUCAUCGAGAGAAGUGAAAGCAAACCGCGCCAUGGUGUAAAUUGUGUGAAUCAGGGUUGUCAAUCAAACACUGAAGGCGGCACCUGUGAGAAAACCGCGUUCCUGGUACCCAACCAACAGCAACAGAAAAGGAAAAAAGGUCGUGCUGACUUUAUCGACAAGAUUUCGCGGGGAUUAUUUCCACUCAUCUUCUUCACUUUUAAUAUUGCUUACUGGUGCUUCUACUUGCUCAUAGUCUAA